AUGGAACCUGAAACUGAUCUGACGAUAGAAGAACUCUCAAAAUCUUUACUAGAAAAAUGCAAGUUGAACAUAAAAAAGGAAUUGGAAUGGAGUGACAGUUUUACAAUGAAAGAUUUAAAAUUAUUUUCAAAAUGUUUGGUUGUUUGUGAAAGGUUGAAUAUCAAAAUGGAAAAUGAUGAGAAUGAAAAUUUUUCAAAUGGAAAAAUUUGUAGUGAACAAGAUUUUAAUUUUUACAGAAGGAAAACCAUAGAAAAUACUUUAAAUUCUUAUUUGGAUAAUAAAGCAAAAGACAAAGGAAAUAGACAAAGAAAGAGGUUGAAAUGUGAAGCUGACCAUGAUAUUAAGAAGUUUAAAGACAAAUAUAAUAGUUUAAAAGUGAAAAAUUUAUUAUUGAGGCCGAAUAAAUGUCAAUAUAUAUUUUGUAGGGAAAGAUUCAGGAGAAAACAUUUUCUGAAGAAGUAUCUGGUGAUUCUACCCAGAGAAAAAUUCAAAUGUAAGAUCUGUCAGAUUAAUUUUUCAAAUAAUUUAAUAUACAGGACUCACCUGUCUAUACACUGUGGAAAAAGGUCUUUUGCUUACAGUAUUUGCAAAGGAAAAUUUAAUUUCAAUUUUGAUUUAAAAAGGCAUGGAAAAAUACAACAAAAAAUAUCUACUAGUAACAACAAUUAUCACUGUAAAGACUGUAACAAACAUUUUAAGUUCCAAUAUAUUUUAAAAAAUCAUCUGAAGCGUCACAACAUAGAUAAAUCUUUCUGUUGCAGUUUCUGUACAAAGAGUUUCAAGACUAAAUCUGAAUUAAUUCAACACCAGAUCUCUCAUUCAGAAGAUAGGCCUCAUAAAUGCAAAGUAUGUGGAAAGAUAUUUAAAACAAAACCACAUUUAGUGAAUCACAUAAGCACACAUUCGGAAGAUAGACCUUUUCAGUGCGACGUGUGCAGAAAGAGUUUUAAAUUAAAGUCAUAUUUGUCAACUCAUAAAAGACUUCACUCCAAUGAAAAGCCUUUCUUGUGUAAUUUUUGUGGGAAGCGUUUUAAUUUAAGCUCGGGCUUACAAAGCCAUAAAAAAAUUCACGAUUCGGAAUUAUCAUAUUCCGAUUCCGGAUCUAAUCCUUAUCUUUGCGAGCAUUGUGGAAAAAGUUUUACGAUAAUUUCAAAUUUUCGCAGUCAUCUGAAGACCCAUUGCGAUGAAAGGAAGUUUCAGUGUGAAACCUGUGGAAAGUUACUUAAAACAAGAAGAAACUUAUUUCGUCAUUACCAAAGUCAUUCCGACGAAAGGCCUCAUAUAUGCGAACUGUGCGGAAAAGGUUUCAAAUCAAAAUCUAACUUGGUAUCUCAUAAAAUGUCCCAUUCUGAUCUACGCUCUCACCAAUGUGAGGUUUGUAAAAAGGCUUUUAGAAAAAAGCAAAGCUUAAAAUGGCACAAACUAAAAAAUUUUCAUUAGAAAACUAAAUUAUUCUGUUUAUUUAUUUUAUUUUUUUGAGAUACGAAAUUUAUAAAGUGCUAUUUUUGUACAAUAAUAAAUGCAAAAUUAUUAAUGAAGUGACUUAUU